UGCUAAUAAUAUUAAAUAAAUAAUAAUAAUAAAAACAACAAAAGAGAAACCAUUGAUUAGUUAGUACACAGAUUCAAACGAUUUUAUUCAUAUUUAACGCAGAACCAGAAUCAGCCAUGCCAACCUACAACAUGCCGCAUCUCUUUUCUUGUUAGCUUAGUGUAAAGAACCAUACUUUACUACUUAAUCUCAAACCCACUUUGCAUGGUUUCAACUCAUAAUGAUAAAAAUCUCUGCUUUUAGAUGAUAUGAUGCUUAUUACUUGCAUUUACACAAACCCCACUUUCAUUUUCUGUGAUUUAGUUAGGAAACAUGACAAUCUUUUGUGGCUGCUAACUUUAACUUAUAUUAUUACAAUGUGAUUUGCAGGAAGAAUUGGGAGAGAGAAAGAGAGAGAGAGAGAGAGUCAUUUCUAAAAAAUCACAGCUGGGCUGGUGGUGGUGGUUUUCCAAAUGGUUCUGAAAUUUGUAAGUUUUCAUGUAAGAACCAGGAGAUUGAUUCGGGUUAUGUGGUUGAUGUGUGCUCUGAUUUUAGUAUUCCAGAGCUUAAGAAUUUUACCUUCUUUAAGUAUUCAGAGAAAUGGGGUUUCAUCCCAUUCCAUAUCUGAGUUCAUAGGUAAUAAUAAUAAUAAUAAUAAUAUGAAACAAAGUAGAAUUGUGAAGAAGACACAAAAUUUAGGAUUUGUAGAUUUUGGUUUUUCCAAAUCUCAAACCCCUUUAGCUAGUUUAUCAUUAUAUACAAAGGUAAUAGCUUUAGGACCAAGUAUUGAUUCUCCUGCAACGUUUGGAAAAUUAAAGACUAUUGCUUUUCAGGAGAAAAACUCUGAUUCAGUUGAUAGUACCUUAGAUUCAAGUAUUAGUUCUUCACCCACAUCUGAAAAUUACAACAUCUCUAUAGUUAGUGUAAAAAGAACAAAACUUUCUCAGAGAAAGAAGUUUUCUAAGCCUUUGUAUAGUCAUAUGAGUAAAGUAGAGAACAGUUCUCUUAUAAAUAAGGAAAAAAUGAAUAGUAGAACUGCAACCACAUCUGGGAAUUCCAACACCUCUUUGGUAAAGAAAAAGAGAAAAUCUGAGUCAGUGGAUAGUGAUUUGAGCAAAAAGGGCAAAAAUGCUGCCAUGAACAAAGUGUCCAAGAGGAUUCGUGGGUCUAAGAUGCCUGUUUCUGGUGUAUAUUCAGUAUCUGAGAUGAACAAUUUGUUGAUUCAGAGUCAUGGCUCUAACUAUUCAGUGAUUCCACAGUGGUCUUCAGCAGUUGACCAUGAAUUACAAGAUGUGGUAUUACAGAUUGAGAAUGCACCUGUUGUAGAGAAUGAUCCAAAUCUAUAUGCCCCUCUUUAUAGAAAUGUUUCCAUAUUUAAGAGAAGCUAUGAAUUAAUGAAACAAACACUUAAGGUUUACAUUUACAAGGAAGGAGAGAGACCAAUACUACACACACCAAUCCUCCAAGGCAUAUAUGCUUCUGAAGGAUGGUUUAUGAAGCAAUUAGAAGCUAAUGAAGAAUUUGUAACCAAAGAUCCCCACAAAGCCCAUUUGUUUUACUUGCCUUUUAGCUCUCAAAUGUUAAGGGAGAAAUUAUACGUUCCUAAUUCGCACAAACGUAGGAACAUUGUGACAUACCUGAAAAACUACUUGGACAUGAUUGCAGCAAAGUAUCCAUUCUGGAAAAGGACGGGCGGAGCAGAUCAUUUCCUAGUUGCUUGCCAUGAUUGGGAAUUGUGCAAUAGGGAUAUCAUGGCGGUGUCUCGAAUAUCGGCCAGUAGCGAUUUUCUUCUUGGCUCCAAAAGAGACGAGUCGAUACAUGGGAAAAUGCAUUAGAGCCCUUUGCAAUGCUGAUGUUGGAGGAGGUUUUGUUUUCGCCAAAGAUGUUUCUCUUCCUCAAACCUACAUUUACUCGCCUAACGAUACUCUAAGAGACCUUGGAGGCAAACCAGCUUCAGAAAGGUCAACACUAGCAUUCUUUGCAGGGCGAAUGCACGGUUACCUUAGGCCAAUUUUGCUAGAGCAUUGGGAGAACAAAGAUCCCGACAUGAAAAUCUUUGGUAAGUUGCCUAAAACCGAAAAUGCCUAUACCAAUUACAUGAAGAGCAGCAAGUACUGUAUUUCAGCAAAAGGUUACCAAGUCAACAGUCCGAGGGUCAUCGAGGCGAUCUUUUAUGAAUGUGUUCCGGUGAUCAUAUCUGACAAUUAUGUGCCUCCAUUUUUUGAUGUUUUGAAUUGGGAAUCGUUUGCUGUGUUUGUGUUAGAGAAAGACAUUCCCAACUUGAAAAAGAUACUUGUUUCGAUCCCGGAGAAGAGAUAUAGAGAAAUGCAGAUGAGGGUGAAAAGAGUUCAACAACAUUUUUUGUGGCAUGGUACUAAGCCUGUGGAUUAUGAUAUGUUUCAUAUGGUACUUCAUUCUAUUUGGUAUAAUAGACUCCACCAAAUUGAGUGAAAUACCGUAUGAAAAUAAGUAGUCUUUCUUAAGCCUUUCUUAUUUUUCACUCUAAUAA